GCAGCCGUUCCUCCUCCUCCGUCCGUCCGCCCGCGUCAGGCGUUUAAAAAACAGCCUUUUUUCUCAGGGACGUCUGCCAACAAAGCGGCAUCUAGGCAUUCAGACGCCCAGACUCAUUAUUAUUUUGUAAUAUAUUUUAUUCUUUUAUUUAGCUGCUUAUUUUUAUGCCGGGCGUCGCCACAGGGAAGAUCUUUUUAAUAUAUUUAAUAGUUAAUCACUUAUUUUGUAAAUAGUGUGGAAUAUGGGUCUGCGCGUGCUGUUCCGGGCGAUUAUCAUGGGACCACCGGGCUCAGGAAAAGGGACCAUAUCGGAUCGCAUAAGUAAAAGCUUCGGACUGACACACCUUUCAAGCGGAGACGUCCUCAGAGCCAAUAUAAAAGCAAAGACCGAGAUCGGCCUGCUGAUGAAAUCCUGCAUAGACCAGGGUCAGCUGGUCCCGGAUGAUGUCAUCUCCCGCCUCAUCCUAGGAGAGCUGCGGCAGAUGGGGAGCGGCGGCUGGCUGCUUGAUGGCUUCCCCCGGACCGUCCUGCAGGCAGACGCCCUAGACGGCGCCUACAACGUCGACACCGUCAUCAACCUAGACGUCCCUUUCCAGACCAUCCAGGAGCGCCUGACCUCUCGCUGGCUUCACCUGCCCAGUGGCAGAGUUUACAACACCAGCUUCAACCCCCCCAAAGUCCCUGGUCUUGAUGAUGUCACUGGGGAACCCCUGACACAAAGGUCUGAUGACACGCCAGACACCGUUGCCAGGAGACUGAAGGCCUAUGAGACCCAGACACAGCCGGUGCUCGAGUACUACAGGAGCAAAGGGAUGCUGGAAACCUUUUCAGGAACUGAAACCAACAAGAUCUGGCCUCACGUUCAUGCUUUCCUGUCUCGGAAACUGAGUCCCGGAUCCCAUAAGGCUGCUGGGAAUGUGUAGGAGCCGCAGUCUGUUAGGGGACUGAGGACGGUUCUCCUAGCUUAGGUGCAGAACCCGAAGGGAACUCCGGAACUCUGAACACUUCCUGUAGCUCAGGCUGUGCAUUGUUAUAGUGGGAAAAAUUAAAUGUAGCCGAGUAACUUUAUAAGUGACAAGAAGGGAAAGGCGACUGGUCGAAUGUGGAAGGUGACUUAAAAAAAUUUUGUAUCACUGGUAAUAGUAUCGAAUGAGUGCCGUAUUUGUGGCCAGGCUGGGUGUGAUUUUGUAGAAUGUCGAGCUGGGUUGGUCUGGUAUGCCCUGCUUGGUGCUCUGUGCUGCCUUAAUCGUGUGUUCAGGAGUGAAGGGGUGCCUGUGUGUGCUGUCAUUGAUGCUGAGCCGAGCGAACCAAGCUACGCUUACAGAGAAGAAAGACAUGAUAUCUAAUAAUGACAUGCACUUUAAACAAUUAGCGAAUCACAAAUUUGUAAUUGAUAUUAAUGUUGCUCUUGGAUAUAAUAUAGACCUUUGUAAACCACUAAAAUAUAUUUUAAAUGGUAGCGUAGCUAUAUUUUAAGUAUUUCAUACUAAAAGACAUUGAUUUUGCUAGUUGAUAGUGGAUAGAUGGUAAAGCUAAAUUUUGAAUGGCUUAACAUUUUAAAUGUCAUCUUCACUCAUCUUGGAAAGGUUAUUUUUUUACAUUUUUGAAAAAAAUGUUAAUUUUUGUACAUAACUCUACAAUAACUAUUUAAAAUUCUCAGAGUGAAUUAGUAACAUUCCAAUAGAAACUAGUAUUUGUUGCCUUAGUUGGAGUAACAUUUUAAAAUUGAAAUACUCCAGUAAUGAGCUGCAGGAAAUGGGUUAAUGGUCUGUAGUUUAUAAGAAGGUUUUAAUUUUUGUUCAAUAAUUUUGACAUUCACCCUUACCUUCUUAUCGCCUUACUCAUUAUUCUAAAGCCCGACUUGUCCAUUUUAUAAGAAUUAAGACCGUCAAUUAAAAAAAAAUUGGCUGGACUUGGACCAACUUCUCUUUAUCUUUUUGUUACCAUUAUAUCAAGGUUGGUGUCAUUUGUCUUUUCCCAUAGUUACCCACAGUUGAUUGGUAUCCAGAAAUAUCUCAUUAACCUAACCUUGCCUUAAAUACAGAUUUCUGUAUUACUCUACAUUUUACAUACCACAUCCGAUGCUAUUUUCCAUUAUUUUUCUAGGAAAUCUUAUGUUAACGAGUAGGUAAAAAUAGCAUUUCUUGAUGAAAUUAAGAAACCUUUUUGACAAUAAACAUUUAACUGAUGCGACCAAAAACUAUGCCUUUAGUAUUCUCUGAGGCAGUAAAAGUGAGCCUUUGUAAAUAAAAUGUGUUCCAAUCAAAAAUAAAUCGCUUUAGUAAAUCAACUUGGUAAAUCAA